AUGCAAGCUGAAACGGUGAUACAUCCACGCUGUCGCUUCGAGUCCAACGACGGUAGUGUCCUUAUUGGCCGACGUUGUAUUAUUCACGAGCGGGCUCAUAUCGGCGCUCGGCCAGAGAAUCCAGAGACUGCGGGAGCCGGCGGUGUUUCCGUGGGUGAUUAUGUACAGAUAGAAGUCGGUUCUAUCAUAGAGUCAGGUGGUACAGAAGUUGGCGAGGGCAGCUUGAUCCAGGUCGGAAGUAAGAUUGGCAGCGGCACUAAGAUUGGAUCGAACUGCACAAUUGCCCCAAAGUCUGUUAUCCCUCCCGGCACCACGUUGCCCGACUAUACCGUUGUCUAUUCGAAUGGUACGCAACGAACAGACCAGCGAGAUGCCUCCGAUUUGCGAAAACUCGGCAUGGUUAAGCAAAUCGCUGUGUUGCGACACAUGAUACCAAGCAAUCCAGACAAAUUCAAGUGA